AUGUUUGUAUUUCAAUUUCCAAAAAUUUUAACUUUAGUUUCGUCGGUUAUAGUUUCUCAAGUGAUUACAACGUUCUAUUAUGCAUAUAACAUUUGUGGCAAACUUCAAAUGGAUCUUCGUCGUGAAAAGAAUUUUACUCCUGCUCAACGAGAAACUUUUGCUUAUGAUGUACCACAAUCUGGACCUUUGGUAUCAAUCAUCUUCCGAUUUUCCAAUUCUUAA